GGGCUAGGAACUCAUCUUCUCAGCAAUUUUUUCCCCAACCGGAUAAAUUUGGCAACGGACCAAGCAAGAGUUGCUGGCUAAAUGGAAGUAAAGGAUGCCAAUGCUGCUAUGCUCAGCAACUAUGAGGUCUACCAGCUCCUGACAGAUCUGAAGGAACAGCGAAAGGACAGUGGGAAGAACAAACACAGCGCUGGACAACAGAACCUCAACACCAUCAUGUACGAGACGCUGAAGUACCUGUCCACGACUCCAUGCAGCAGGCAGAACCCAGAGACUGUCAAGAACUUCCUUACCACCAUGGUGCCUCACAAACUCACCAAGGCUGAGAAGCUGCAGCUACUGAACCACAGACCAGAGACUGCUGUAGAGAUCCAACUGAUGGUAGAGGAGAGUGAGGAGCGGUUGUCAGAGGACCAGAUUGAGGAGCUCAUUCAGAAGGUCACAGACGUGCUCCCAGGCGACCCAGAACAAGAAGGCUCCGCCCCCAGCAAUGAGGCAGAGAUGGGAGAGGGCAUUGACCAAUAGCCACGAGCCCUGAUGGAGCCUGUCUGUGACUGAGGGAGGGAGCCUGAGCUGAACAGGAGUUAAAACAGUGUACAGAAAAGACUGGAAAUCCACUUUCAUGCUCAUUUGGGUGCUCUCGACUGGACAUGGAAGUAUGCAGAAUGGAAUACAGUCAGAUAUUACCA